AUGCUAUCCAGGGAGCAACGCAAAAACACCAGGGAGCUAUACAAGAACAAACCGGUGGGCAGGCUGGAAACAUCGUGCCCUUUUAGCACAAUUCCAGCGUCGCAUGCCAAAGCAGCACGCCAAUGUAGCAUUCCGCACGAAGUAGAAGGACGAAAAAUAGCUGGAGAAGUCAAAGAAGCAUUCCGAAAGGACUUCCCGGCUCGUAAACCGAGCGGCUCGAAAACAAAGCGCCUGCAAAGCGUCGGGAGUCUUGCCACGACAUCCCCUCGGGAGCAGACAAUACCUAGGAGGCCAAGUAAGGUGAGGGACGUGUAUCUGGGCGUGUUGGUACCCGGUUCAAGGUGUAAAUAUCGGAGCCAUGAGUUUCAGCAGGGCAUUCAUGGUCAAGUGUGA